GCUCUCGAUCGGCUCGGCUCAGCUCAGCUCAGCUCCCCUUCCUCUUUACGCUUGCUCUGUGUGACUGUGCGUGUGUGUAGUAUGGAGUAAGUAAACAAAAGCAAAGGUAAACAGCAUGAUUAAAGAGCUGUUAACAAAGGUAAAGGCGAGGCCGCCAGGGGCACUUAAAAAUAAGCUCCAUCAAGGGUUAACAGCACCGGGGCCAUGGUGGUGGUGAUUAGGAGGAAGGAGUAAAAGCGGCUCUGCUUGCAGCUGUAACAUCGCCUUGCUUGCCUUGCCCUGCAGCUGUGUUCAAUAUCCCUGUGGCUGUGGGCUGGGGCUCGUGUACUGCCCGGUACCCACUACUGCUGAAACUACAAGUGCUAGUGAACAACUGCUAGUAGCCCUAUAAAUCUGACAAGCCUUUGCCUACAACCCUUCUCUCUCUCUCUCUCUCACUUAUAGUCUAGGCUCUCCCCUGACCCCUCUUUCGUAGCUCUUCUUCCCAUGCCCUCCUCGCCGGAACAGAUAGCAUCAGAAUCUCCAGUGGCUGGGCAUCUUUCCUUUUCCUGCCAUAGGCCGUGACGAGAGCUUCUUGCUUGCGUGCUUGCCCCGGCUAUCAUAUUGCCUGCCUAUGCCGCUCGCUGGCCAAUGGAGGAGCUAGCUCUUCUUCUCUAGCCUUUCUCGUCUCCCAUUCGUCCAUUGACCUUCGGUGAGCUCAGUGCUAGCUGCUCGGGCACUCUACUCGCUGCCCCUUCCGAUGGACAUGAAUUAGAGCGGCGAGAAAGGGAUGGAGGGCAACGCGUCCUCCGCCGGCGCCGGCAUCCCGGUGGAGUGGCAAACCCAAUUCAGCGCCGCCGCCUUCGCGUGCCCGCCGGCGCAGCAGCAGCAGGGACACAUGAUGGACUCCGCCUUCGCGUCCGCCGGCCUGUGGGCGUCCACCUCCCAGACCAUGGCGCUCUCCGACGUCGGCGGCGCCAUGUCCGCCGCGCGGGGCGGCGGCGGCGGCUUCUUGGCGCCGGUGCCCGGGUUCCUCCCGCAAGGCCUCGGCCAUUUCCCCGUGGACUCCGGCUUCAUCGAGCGCGCCGCGCGGGCGUCCUGCUUCGGCGGCGGCGCCGGCGGCGGGGUGAUGUGCGCCGGCUUCGGUGCGGCUGAUCAGAACAUGAACAGCGCGUUCAGUGGCUCCUCGGAGGCUCUCUUGGAUCACCAGAGGAAGGACGGCAACGAGAAGGGCGAGCCGGAGCUCGGCAGGAACGGCCACGACGCGGUGCCGAGCUCGGAGGCGGCCGGCGGGGACUGCUCGUCCAAAGGGACGUCGGACUCCAAGAAGAGGAGAAGGCCUAACGAGGUGAUGGGCGGCGAUCAGGUUCAGUCCUCCAACCUGCCUGCGGAUUCGGCGAACGAGAGCGUGCACAGCAAGGACAAGGGCGAGGAGAGCAGCCCGGCAACAACCACCGGCGGCAAAUCGAAAGGGAAGGGAACGAAAGAGACCUCCGAGUCCCAGAAGGAAGACUACAUUCAUGUCCGGGCUCGGCGCGGACAGGCGACCAACAGCCACAGCCUUGCAGAAAGGUUGAGGAGGGAGAAGAUUAGCGAGAGGAUGAAGCUUCUGCAGGACCUUGUUCCCGGUUGCAGCAAAGUCACUGGAAAGGCGGUAAUGCUUGACGAGAUCAUCAACUAUGUUCAGUCCCUGCAAAGACAAGUUGAGUUCUUAUCGAUGAAGCUGGCGACAGUAAACCCAAGGCUUGACCUCAACAUAGAAGGACUUCUGUCGAAAGAUCUUCUUCGCUUCCCUGGUGUCCCUUCAUCUUCCCUCGGAUUCUCCCCCGAGAUGAUGCACCCACAACUACAGCUAUCGCAACCAGGCCUGAUUCAGGGGGGCGCUGCUGGCAUGGCCAAUCCGGACGUCUUCAGGAGAAUCAUUCAGGCACAGCUAAGUGCAAAAGACGGAUCUCAGAUGCCCCACGCAUUGAACGGGUCAUUCAGCGACGUCGCGCAGAUGGGGUACCCGUCGCCGCUGGGGCCGCAGGACUUGAGCAUCAGGCCGUCGCAGGACGGGUUCCAAAUGUGAGCAACAGGCUGGCCCAGCUGCACAUACGAGCAAGGCUUUCCAUCUGAUCGACGAACAUGCAGGAGCACAGGGGGGCACACAUGAACUGGCCCCCUGCUGCUGCUGGAGCAGCGCUGGCCGCCGCAGUGCUAGCUAGCUCAUCGGUCGCGUUACUACAGGAGCUGCCUUCGACUGCGUCGCCACGGCCGGGUGUUUAUUGUGUUCAGAACUGAAAAAGAGCCCCCACGGAGGGAAGCAGCAGCGAUUGGGAGGGGUGGACAGGAUGGGGAAUCUCUCUCUCUCUCUCUGUGUGUG